AUAGAAUUUUUACAGUAAUUAGAAAUAAAUAGCACAAACAUAUAAAUAGGUUACAAUUUAAUUCAUGUCAAUCAAGAUGAUAGAAAAGACAAUUGUAGGCAUAGAUGCAUUACAAUACAGAGAAAAUAAUAAAUGCUGUCGCAAAGUGUACACAACUACAACAUAAUUUUCAUGCAACCCUUCUUCAGAUUGCUUUCGAAAGAUCAAAAGUAGCGAAAAGAAAAGAUAUUGAUGUUAUUUAAAAAAAUUACUUCAAUAGCUCCUGAUUUUGUAAAAGUGGCAGGUAUCACUUGUUUCUAAGGUAUAUCUUACCGAUACGAUAGAUCACAUCGAUCUUUAAAAUUGGCGUGAAAUCCAGUCUCUAAAAGACAUGAAUCUAGCGAUCACAUCGGCACUGUUUGUCGAGAGAGAUGAGGGAUUUCUCGCGAGCUCGCUUCCAAGCGUCGAGUCGCUAACAGCCAUAUUCGCGAUCAAGGCGCCACGGAAAUGAGCGGUCAGCUUCAAAGGCUCCGAGUAGCGACGUGACUUUAGUCACUUGAUGUCUUCACGUCGUCUGGCCAAUCGCGAAGCGUUCGCGAGUCACGUGACCCAGUCGACCAAUGGUCGGCGCGUUCUAGACUCACGGCCAUUGUCGCCGAGUCUCUGACAAGCGUAGAAAAACUGAUCAACACCGCCGCCAUUUUACGUUAGCCAACGUUAGCCGAUAGUGCGGUACGGACGACGUCGUGAUCGCUUUUCUCGAGCGAAAUUCUGUGGCGAACGCGGUGGCCGCCCCAGUACUGAUACGCGCGAUCGUGUUCGCUUGCUCGCGUCCUCGAAUCGCGUGCGAAUGCACAGGGAUGAGCGUCUAUUCCCGCUGAUCGUUUGCGCGCCCGUGUGUCGCAGUGUGCCGAGGCGAGAAGAGGAGAAGAAGAUGGUGCCACAGGGCCUCGGGAGCGACAUCGUCGCCGUGAGCUAGCGCCGUGCGCGCAGCCAGUCGUUUGACGAGUCGUCGUCGUGAGUGCACGUAUUACCGCGAGAGUACAUAUACGAUCGUGUUUUACGAAAGUGGACACACAAAACGCGAGAGAGCGGGAGCAGCCGCGACGAAAAAUUCGGAGCGUGUGUUGUAUGUGCGAGAGAGUUAAAUCGAAUCGAAACGAGACGAGUCGCGAGUCGAAUAAUCCGCGCGUCGCGCGCUUAUUCAUCUUUUGACGAUAGAGCGGUAAGGUAGCGAGCAGUCUUUGACGUCGUCGUCGUCGUCGUCGUCAUCAUCAUUGUGAUCGUCGUCGUCGUCGUCGUCACCGUUGUCGCCGUUCUCCAUUUCUUACGCGGUGAUCUGCCGUCCCGUCCCGCCGGCGACGCGGCGCGACAACCGUCCCGUCGUUGUUCGCCGGAGAGAGAGCGCGGACAUUUCUCGCCGUCGUCGUCGUCGCCGCCACCGCCGUCGUCGCCGUCGUGUGUUCGCGCGUGUGUUUCUGCCUGCCUGCGUGCGCGCGGGCUUCGGCGCCGGGGUUCGACGUACCCCACAACUCUUACGAUGCCCAAUGGUUGACCGUGCACCGCAGUAUGCUACACGGGGACGCUUUACGCGCCGCGGUUCUCAUUGUUAUUGUUAUGCCCGCGAGUACGAUUGUGAUACGGCGAAUUUGUUACGCGGUUUGACCGGCGGCAAGGAAGAGGCAGUGGUAGCGGUAUCGGCGAUCACGGUAAAAUCAACAACGGCAGCGACGGUGACAGUUGCAGGGCCUAUGCCGAUGAGGACGGCGACAGUGGUCUUCUAGUGAGAACGAGCGAGUUACCUGCCACGCAGUGCCGUUGCUCUACGUUCGCACGGCGUACGCCGCGUAUGUUCGCGCGCUGGUGGGUCGAGUGAGAUCGGCAACGGGCCAACGGGAAGGAAGAGGUUAGGUUAUUACGGAAGGAAGAUAACAGCCCCGCGGAGGAGCCAUGGCCGACCACCUGGUGGACGGCCCUCCGCCGAAGCGGCCGAAACUCGAUCCGUUUCAGGGGCCAUCAGACUCGACGGUGGGUAUGGCGCCUUUAAUGAUGCACCAUGCUUAUACGAACUACGGGGGAGGUGGCAGUAACAUUCAACAAAUACAGGGUCCACCGCAGCAGCUACAUCUGCAACAGCAUCAGAUGCAACAGUGGAACAACUCGCUCCAAAAACGAAAUUACAUAACAAACCCAGACACAAUGUUUGAUAUUGAAAAUGAUCUUCCUGAUGACUUGCUGUCGUCUGGAUCUUGGGGUUCCGCGACCGAGAGUACCAAGCCACCGGCAACCGGUCCAGGUCCAGGGCAGCAAAACGGUGCUCUCGACUCGGAACUCAGGCAACAUGUACAGCAACAACAACUCUCUCAUCAUCUCAUUCAGCAGCAGGGCAACAAAAACUUGGUGGCGAAUUCCUUGGUAAUGGCUGCCGGAACAUUGGGGAACAAAAGUCCGAAUAUGCAAUCUCCGCCGAAUGUUUCCGUCUCCAAAGGGGUGGUCGAUCCGCAGAUGGUCGUGAGUCUCGGUAAUCUGCCGAGCAGUAUAGCUAGUUCGUUGGCGAACAAUCAAAUGUCUAUCGCGAAUUCGAUGGGCAGUUUGCAAUCAUCCAUGAGCAUGGCCGGAAGUAACCCCGCGAUGUCCAUGCCGGGCGGCAUGAAUUCCGGCUUAGUGAUGACUAGUACUGCCAGCGGGAACAAUAAUAUGGGCGGCAUGGCUGGGGGAAGCUUAAUAGUAACCAACAGUUUGAACAAACAACCUUUAAAUACAGUAACCAUGAUGGGCCCUAAUACUCAAGCGAUACAUCAUCCUAGCGGACCUCAGGGGGUCACGCAAAUGCAAAAUGGUCCCGGGAUGAUGAACACGAGGGCUGUGGCGAUGCAGCAGCAACAACAGGCGCAUAUGGUCGGCCCGGCGAGAGGGCAGAGUCCUCAUCAACAAGUCCAUCAAGUUGGCAUUGUCGGGCCGAAUCAAGGCCCGCGAAUGCAGGGUCCACCUAAUAUGGCGAAUAUGCCAAACAUGGGGCAAAUAGGUGCAUCGAGUCCGUACGGAUAUGGUAAUCCAAGUUCUGGUGGACCAGGACCAGGAGUAACUGUAUGCGCCAAUAAUCCCAUAGGUGUUGUCAAGCCGCAACAGAAAGGAGUGGGGACGAAUAUGACCGCCAUGCAAGCAGCUGCUGCCAGUAGAUUCACCGGAACCGCCGGUCCGAUCGGCACCCCAAACGUCGUCGGUGGUCAAGAGGGUGGAACAGCGACGCAACAGGCGCAGCCAUCCGCGCCGAGUCCGGCUCAACCUCAAUCUGGAGCGCCGACCGGAGGACAGCCCGGUCCACAACAAGCUACUCAAGGGCAGAUGACUGGCACUGGUGCUCCGACAGGACCUACGAAAUCCACGCCUGAUCCCGAAAAAUGCAGACUUAUUCAGCAACAAUUGGUAUUACUUUUACACGCUCAUAAGUGUCAACGGCGCGAGAACGCGCAAGCGAACGGCGAGAUACGACAAUGCAACUUACCAGACUGUAAAACAAUGAAAAAUGUUUUGAAUCACAUGACGAGCUGUCAAGCCGGCAAAAAUUGUACUGUUGCACACUGUAGCAUGUCCAGGCAGAUCAUUAGCCAUUGGAAGCAUUGUAAUCGAGGCGAUUGUCCGGUCUGCUUGCCGAUAAAACAAGCGAACAAAAACAGGACUAACUCUGUACAAGUUUCUGCAAUUCAACCAAAUAAUCAGCCAAAUCCAAGUCCAUCUGAGAUGAGAAGGGCUUAUGAUGCUUUAGGUAUUCAGUGUCCGACAACAACACCGGGACUCCUGCCCGGCCAAGGCGUUGGCAGAGGCGUUAGAAUGCCAGCGCCUGGCAUGGCAGGUCCCCCAGGGACGCUGGGCAAUGUUAGAUUACCGCAACCUCAAACACAAACUGCGUCUGGACAGUCCGUAGUCGGUGCUGGGCAACAAGUAGUCGCUCCAAACGUAUCUCUUCCUUUAAAUUCCGAUCCUAGUACGGUCGGGGUAGCCGGCAAUCAGACGGCACCGACGACCGGAUCCACGUCCGCCGCGGCGGCCGCCGCCGCUAAUAUACAGCAGUCCGUCAAUAUGCAAACGUUAUUCGGAUUAAACGAAUCUGGACAACCGAGCGUGAUAGGCGCGGAGAAUAGAUUAGCGAAUUUGCAGCUUCCACCUGGUUGUGUUCCGCCUGGUCAGGUGACGGCUCAGCCAGUGCAAGGAACAAAGGAGUGGCAUCUGUCCGUUACUCCGGAUCUCAGGAAUCACCUCGUUCAUAAAUUGGUCCAAGCGAUAUUCCCAACUCCCGAUCCGCAAGCCAUGCUCGAUAAAAGAAUGCACAACUUGGUUGCAUACGCGAGAAAAGUGGAGGGUGAUAUGUAUGAAAUGGCUAAUUCGCGUUCGGAAUAUUAUCAUUUAUUAGCCGAAAAGAUUUAUAAGAUUCAGAAGGAACUCGAUGAGAAACGACAAAAACGGAAGGAACAGCAACAAUUGCAACAAGCGCAACAGCAGCAGCAACAACCACAACCGCCACAACCAGCAGGCACAUCCGGUCCUGGAUUAAGGCCAUGCGCACCUCCCAAUGUUGGAGCUGUUUUACCAGGGUCAUCGAAACCCGUCGGAACAGUACCACCUACUCUACGGAGUCAUUCGCCAAGUAUGGGUCAACUCGGAACGAUACCAGCGAUGGCCAUUCAACAACACAGCAGAAUGCAGUUUCCUCAGCAACAACAAGCUCAGCAGCAGCAGCAAGCUCAACAGCAGCAACAGCAGCAGCAGCAAGUUCAAGCUCAGCAGCAGAUACAACAGCAGCAGCAGCAACAACAACAGCAAGGCAUCUUAGUGGGUCCUCCCGGUCCCAGUCCGAAUGGACAGUCUACAUCCAACACUAAUAUGGUACCGAAUCCCGGCCUCAGCCCAUUCGGACAGCCUCAGAUGUCUCAGGCUAAUCUCACGACCACCACCGCGUCCAACAAUGCGAUGACUAGUCAAUUCUCGACGUCCAACGGUACGGCCACCGGUUUACCCAACACCUCUCCCAUCCAAAAUCAGCAUCAAUUCCCCGACCUGAUGAAGGUCCGAUUGGCACAAGCUCAGGUUCAGGCUGCGCAACAGCAACAACAGCAACAGCAGCAGCAGCAACAACAACAGCAGCAACAACAACAACAACAACAACAAUCGCAGAAUCAGCAGUCGCAACCAGCGAGCACUCCGAGUCAGGUCGGCACUCCGGUAUCGUCGAUCCCGCAAGCACCGUCGCCGUUCAGCGGCAUGCAGCAACCAAGCGCGCAACAGCAGCAGCAACAACAGCCGCCGAAUCAGCAGUUCCCCACGCGACCAUUGUCAGCCUCGACGCCCAAUGACAACGGCAUUGCCGCGUCGACGCCGCAAACGAUACCGCCGCCUGCGUCAAGCGGACCGAGUCCAACGGGCAGUGUAUCCGCGACGACGACGGGAACGACGAACGGACCUCAGUCGACCACCUCCACGCCGAACACGCCGCUCGUACCAUCGCUAAUGACACCGAAUCAGACGGUAUCGUCCGCGUCCAACCAAACGCCGCCGCAUUCGGGCCACCCGUCCCCGGCCGGUCUCGCGAGUCUCGGCAAAGGUAUGACCUCGCAAGAACGGGCGGCGUUGAAUACUCCGCGCAACACAUCCAUGUCCUCGCAGAUGGCCGCCAUCACGGCGGCAUUGGAUCGUGAUAACUCUCCGAGUCCACCGAUGAGCAACAACAAGGGCAAAUUGGACUCCAUUAAAGAGGAGGUCACCAUAAAAAUGGAGAUCAAGCAGGAGCCGGAGGAGCCGCAGAAUCAUCGAAUGGACGGCGGUAAGAGCGUGAAUAACGAGAUCAUCAUUAAGACCGAGCCGAAGACCGAGCCGAUGGAGGAAGGUUCGAAUGAGGCGAUCGUGAAGGAAGAGCCUGCUAGCAUCAAGGAGGAGAGUAUGACGCCGGUGUCCAGUCAAGACGCGUCCGCGUCCGAUAUCAAGCCGAUGGUGCCAGAACCGAUACAGCCGAGCGGCACGUCCACCGACAAGAAGAAGUGCUUGUUCAAACCGGACGAAUUGCGUCAGGCGUUGAUGCCGACGUUGGAGAAGCUAUACCGACAGGAUCCCGAGUCCAUACCGUUUCGGCAACCCGUGGAUCCCCAAGCGCUGGGUAUACCGGAUUAUCCGACCAUCGUGAAGAAGCCGAUGGAUCUGUCGACGAUCAAGAAGAAACUCGACACGGAAAAGUACAGCGAUCCGUGGGAGUACGUUGACGACGUGUGGAUGAUGUUCGACAACGCUUGGCUCUACAACCGCAAGACUUCUCGAGUCUACAGAUACUGCACCAAGCUUUCGGAAGUGUUCGAGCAAGAGAUAGAUCCUGUAAUGCAGGCUUUGGGAUAUUGUUGCGGCAGGAAGUACACGUUCAAUCCGCAGGUGCUCUGCUGUUACGGCAAGCAGCUUUGCACGAUACCCAGGGAUGCGAAAUAUUAUUCGUACCAGAACAGAUACACCUUCUGUCAGAAAUGUUUCAACGACAUUCCUGGUGACACAGUGACGUUGGGAGAUGAUCCAACACAGCCUCAAACUGCCAUCAAAAAGGAACAGUUCCAAGAGAUGAAGAAUGACCAUUUAGAAUUGGAACCUUUUGUAACCUGUACAGACUGUGGUAGGAGAGUGCACCAAAUUUGUGUGCUCCAUAUGGAAACCAUCUGGCCCUUAGGAUUUACCUGUGAUAAUUGUUUGAAGAAAAAGGGACAGAAACGCAAAGAGAAUAAAUUUAACGCCAAACGAUUGCCCGUGACGAAGCUCGGCACAUAUAUCGAGACGCGCGUGAAUAAUUUCCUAAAGAAAAAGGAAGCGGGCGCCGGUGAGGUAGCUAUUAGAGUGGUCGCGUCCAGCGACAAAGUGGUCGAGGUUAAACCCGGCAUGCGAAGUAGAUUUGUUGAGAACGGCGACAUGCCCGGCGAAUUUCCUUAUCGCGCGAAAGCGUUGUUUGCAUUUGAGGAGGUCGACGGCACCGACGUCUGUUUUUUCGGCAUGCAUGUGCAAGAAUACGGAAGCGAGUGCACACCGCCGAACACCAGACGGGUUUACAUCGCAUAUUUGGACUCGGUCCACUUCUUCCGGCCUAGACAAUUCCGAACGGCUGUGUAUCAUGAGAUUCUUCUCGGAUAUCUCGAUUAUGCGAAGCAACUUGGAUAUACGAUGGCUCACAUUUGGGCGUGUCCACCUUCCGAAGGUGACGAUUAUAUCUUCCACUGCCAUCCCGCAGAACAAAAAAUACCAAAGCCUAAACGAUUGCAGGAAUGGUAUAAGAAGAUGCUGGACAAGGGAAUGGUUGAGAGAAUCGUUCUCGACUAUAAGGAUAUCUUAAAACAAGCUAUGGAAGAUAGGCUUUCGUCUGCGGCGGACUUGCCAUAUUUUGAAGGCGAUUUCUGGCCCAACGUUCUGGAGGAAAGUAUUAAAGAAUUAGAUCAGGAAGAGGAAGAGAAGCGCAAACAAGCUGAAGCAGCAGAAGCCGCUGCUGCAGCAGCAAAUGCGAUUUUUUCGCUCUCCGAGGAUUCGGAAACUCCAGACGGUAAAAAGAAAGGUCAGAAGAAGGCGAAGAAAUCCAACAAGUCCAAAGCGAAUCAAAGGAAGAAUAGCAAGAAAUCGAAUACUCCUCAAACCGGCAACGAUCUGUCUGCCAAAAUCUUUGCGACUAUGGAAAAGCACAAAGAAGUAUUUUUCGUCAUCAGGCUACAUAGCGCGCAAAGUGCAGCCAGUUUAGCGCCGAUCCAAGACCCCGAUCCUGUUAUCAAUUGUGAUCUCAUGGAUGGCCGUGACGCUUUCCUGACGAUGGCUAGAGAAAGGCAUUACGAGUUUUCAUCACUUAGAAGGGCGAAAUUCAGUUCCAUGUCCAUGCUUUAUGAAUUACACAAUCAAGGCCAAGACAAGUUUGUUUACACUUGCAAUAACUGCAAAAGCCAUGUGGAGACCAGAUACCAUUGUACAGUUUGUGAUGAUUUCGAUUUAUGUGUAAGUUGUAAAGAUAAAGAUGGUCAUCCGCAUCCUAUGGAGAAACUUGGCUUUGAUUUGGAUGAUGGUUCGUCACCGGCUGACGCCAAACAAACGAAUCCACAGGAGGCCCGAAAACUGUCGAUACAGAGAUGCAUUCAAUCGUUGGUGCAUGCAUGUCAAUGCAGAGACGCGAAUUGUCGUCUGCCUAGCUGUCAGAAGAUGAAGCGAGUGGUGAUGCAUACGAAGAACUGUAAGAGAAAGACCAAUGGUGGCUGCCCGAUAUGUAAACAAUUGAUUGCUCUCUGCUGCUAUCACGCGAAACACUGCCAAGAGACCAAGUGUCUUGUUCCGUUCUGCUCCAACAUCAAACAUAAGAUAAAACAGCAGCAAUUGCAACAACGACUGCAGCAGGCACAACUACUCAGGAGGCGAAUGGCUGUGAUGAACACGAGGCCGACCGGACCUGUGGCCGCAAUGCAGGCCGGCCAACAAACCUCGAAUGUCGCCAUGGCGACCGGAGUUGCCAUGAAACCGGGCGUCAGUACCUCGAAUCUACCGUCGCCGCAUCAACCGGGUAUUGGGUUGAAGCCCGGUACGCAAACGCCUCCCGCUCAUGUGUUGCAGGUUGUAAAGCAGGUUCAGGAAGAGGCAGCGAGGCAGCAAGCGCCGCACGUUGGCUACGGCAAAGUGACGCCGGGCGCCGGAGUCGGCGUGGGCGUCGGUGUCGGUCAAACCGGCGGCGUUAUGCCACCACCGCAGAUGCAACGACCAUUACCGGUGCAGAUGCCGAAUCCUGGUGGGACGCAUCUCAUUCCGAUGGAUCAGUGGACACCGAGCAGGUACCAGCCGAACGCGGUGAUGCAACAAAAUCCGAACUUAGCGCGGCAGCAAACGCCGCAACAAUUGAUGCAACAACAGCAGCAGCAUCAGGCUCAACCAGGAAUGGGAAUGAGUGCGCAAAUGCCGCGACAGCCAGGCGUGAUUGGGCCGGUUGGACAGGUCGGGCCGCAACCCAAUAUGCAGAAGCACGCUCUUCAGCAGCUGAUGCAGACCCUCAGGAGUCCACAGUCUACUGAACAGCAGGCGCAAAUACUUCAAAUACUCAAGAGCAAUCCGCCGUUGAUGGCUGCGUUUAUUAAGCAACGGGCACUUGUCCAUCAGCAACAACCUGGUCAGCAUGGCGGGGGAGUCGGCGGUCCAUUGGGUCCUAAUCAACCCCAACAACAACAACAACCUGGUUUGCAGCAUAUGAUGUCCCAACAGCAACAGCCGCAGCAGCAGCAGCAGCAACAGCAACCGCAGCAGCAGGGCAGAUUGCAGAUACAGACGAUGCUGACGCCGCAGGCGCAGCAGCAGCAGCAGCCGGUGCAGCAACAGACGCAAUGGUACAAGCAGCAGAUGCUGGUGCAGCAGAUGCAGAGGCAACAACAGGCCCAACAGCAACAGCAGCAGCAGGCAGCAGCAGCAACACAGCAGCAGCAGCAGCAGCAGCAGCAGCAGCAGCAGCAGCAGCAGCAGCAACAGCAGCAGCAGCAGCAGCAGCCAUUCACUCAACCGCCGGCGCCGCCGUAUGGUCAACAACGACCGAUACGGCCGUCGCUUCUCGGUUAUGGCGGUUUCAACGAGCAAGGCUAUGGUCAGCCGGGUCUGAAACCCACGCCACCGCCUGUACCCUCGCCGCAAGGCGUCAUGGGCCCACCUGGGAUCUCGGUGCAGCAACAACUGAUGCAAUCGGUCCGUUCGCCGCCGCCCAUCCGUUCUCCACAGCCCAACCCCUCACCGCGGCCUGUUCCCUCUCCUCGUAAUCAGCCGGUACCGUCGCCGCGGUCGGGUCCGGUGCCGUCGCCGCACCACCAUCCGCCCCACGGCACACCCACACAUUCGCCGGCACACGAGCUCGGUGGCGGUCCUAGCGAGAUGAUGCUCUCGCAACUAAGCGGUGGUGCUGGUGCACCCACUGGCCAUCCCGCGGCCAUGCCCCACCAUCCCUCGCCAGCGCCGGCGCCCACGAACGGUGGUGCGGACGCUAACGAGGUGACGCCGAUGACGCCACAGGAUCAACUCUCCAAAUUCGUCGAGGGGUUGUAGUGACUGUUACGGACGAUCACAUCGGUCGAUGGUUAUGUAAGUGAUUUCCUUAAAGGAGAAAACGACGGCGGCGCUCGGACGACUGCGUUCGUCCGUGUCGCGUGAUUUAUAAAUAAUAUACGCGGAAACACGCAUUCGCGAGAAACAAGGCCGUUAGAUAAUUAAUCCUGAAGCUCUUUCGCGCGCGCGUGCGCGCGCGCGCACACAGAUAGAGACUGAAUGAGAGAGCCUGACAGAGCGUUCUGCCGAAUCUUUCUAUUCAACGAUCGAGUUUCGGGACUGCCCUCCCCCCUCCCCCCCAGGACCCCGGGAGGAAGAAUCCCCAAUUUUAUGAUCUUUGACGCUUUGGGUCUCGCGCGCGCGCGCGCGCGCGUUUCUUCUUUUUCGAUCUUUUGCAUCACGUGAGACGUCGAAAGAAGAGAGAGAAGCAACGCGACGUUGGUGCUUUUUGAUGCUACUCUGUUCGGCUCAAAUAGACUCAAAAUUAAGUGUUUUCGUCCGUGAUCGAUAGAGAGAGAGAGAGAGAGAGAGAGAGUGAGAGAAAGCAAAAUCGAUAAAACGAGGAUGGGCGAACGAAAGACUAAAAGCUAAAUUAUUCAGAGACUAUUAUUACGUACCCCCUUGCCCCUUCUGCCCUUUUUCCUCCCCGCCCGCCCGCUCGUACCCUCCAGAAACCUCUCGACAUUACCACUCGCUCUUGCUGCUGCUCGCGCAGGGUGAGUGAAAUCGUACAAAUAUACAUAUAUAUAUACAUAUAUAUAUGUUGUGUAUACUUAACGUUAAUUAUUAGUUAAAAUAUUAUUAGCUCGUAAUUAGUAUCGUAAUUAUAUGCAAUUAUUAUAUAUCGAUAUAUUAUAAUAUUGUCGUAUCGAGAAAAUGCAAAGUAUAUAUGAUAAAAAGAAGAACUUGUAUGAAAGAUAAACGAUGUAGGUAGGAAGAAUCCAACACAGUAGCGUUGUAUGUAUGGGAAGAGAAAGAAAGAAAUGGUAAUCUAGUUCGUACAUUAAUAUAUUCGUUUUAUGGAGAAAAUUUGUUAUAUCGAGAAGAGUAUUCCUGGAAGCGCCGCCCAAGAGGUUGUAUCUUAGCGCCAUGAAAUUUUAUGGAUUUGCAUUGAACGGGACUACACAUUUUCCGAGUGCUAACCGAGUCGACUGCUGACUUGAAUGACGGCGAUUCUUCAGAUAGAGGUAUCUACUAGUGUCUCGUUUGAAAGAAUCGCAUGUGAUGAAUUAACGUUGCAACCAAAAAGAAAAGAAAAAGAAAGAAAUAGAAAUUCACCACAGGCUGCUAGUGUGCGCGAAAGGAUUUAUAUGAAAAUUACCAUGUUAAUUUUUUGAUGAUGAAAGAACUUUUUUCCAGUUGAGGGUCCACCUGCGUGUGUACAGUUCAAUCAAAAUGUAACUAUGAGAAUGCGUAUUCGAUAUUGGGCCCUCGCGUGAAAACUUCUGUAAAUAUUAGAUUAAUAUUAUGAUAAUAAUGACGAUUAUAUUAAUUUACCUGCCCAUU